AUGGAAGUAAAACAAGAAUUUAGCGAGAAAACGUGUAAACUAGAAAUAGAGUAUAAUGAAUUGGAUUAUGCUCUUUUGGAUGGCUUUAAAUGUGAAAUUCGGGAGGAAUCCAAUAGGCGUACUACACAUGACACGUAUGAUUAUUUAGACUUAAAGAAAUGUCUCAUAUAUACUGAAAUAGAACAAAAUGGAAAUAAAUUAAACCCAUUUGAAGAAAACAAAAAAACUGAUAAAGGUUAG